CAGUUAAAACGGUCGAAAAUAACGUUGCUUGUCUGAAAGCGCAGAAUAAUUUCCAAUUACAAUGAUACGUACUUUGAUAGUUUUUUGUCUAAUAGUCGGAGCUUUUGCUCAUCCGGAUUACGGCCCUUGUCCUCGAGUCCCUACUGAAUACGUGGAUGUAAAUAGGAUGGCUGGAAAAUGGUAUGGUUACGCACGUAGCAGUAAUAAUAAAGAUGAAGCUGAAAGAUGUCCUAUAUUUAAUUGGAUUCAAACCGAUGACGGCCGAACGCUAUUCGUUUUCUCUGACAUUUCAGCAUUAAUCAAUGAUAAUUCGACAAUAGUCGCUGAUGUAAAUGUCGUUAGUAAUUCACUAUUUUUGAGGGCGCACAUUCCGGUUUUAGAAGUCGAAAGAAAGCAUCAUUACAUUGUUGAGACAGAUUAUGACAAUUACGAAAUAGUAUACGAAUGUGUAGAGCAAGGACCUCAUCACAUUUCCAAUGAGUGGGUUGUAACGCGAAGUCUGCAAACAAACAAGAACUUAGACAAUAUUAUCCAGAAUGCAUACAGAAGAAGAGGUCUUCCAGUUUUACCGCUGGAUAAAGUCAAUCGAAAAAUUUGCUUGCAAAAAUAAAAAAUUUUACUGAUAAAUAAUUUUGUUAAACUAAAGAUGUUAAACAAUUAAUUAAUAUGAUUGCAAUAAAUUA